AUGCCACCUCCGGUGAAAUUAGCUAUAAUCGGUGGAGGGCCAUCUGCUUUUUAUGUAGCCUCGCGCCUGCUCUCUCUCCUUCCACUGAAGGAUCCAAUGUCUCCACCACUGAGGGUACACAUGUACGACCGACUGUGGGCACCUCAUGGUCUCGUCCGCUAUGGCGUUGCACCAGAUCAUCCAGAGGUCAAGAAUUGCACGAACAAAUUCGAUGCUACUGCAACUGACCCGCGUUUCCGUUUCUUUGGAAACGUAAAUGUCGGCAGCACGCCCCUUCAUUCUAUUCCUCACGCGCUUCAUUUACCCCUGACCUCCAUACUCAACAAUUACUCCCACUUACUGUUCGCGACAGGAUGUACCAUGCCCACCUUGCACCCUGCAAUCUCUCCGUCUGUUUACUGCAUACCUGCAUUGUCCCUGGUCCAUUGGUAUACACAACACCCAUCCCAGCCGCCACCCCCCGCGCUUGACGAGAUAACACACCUCACAUUAAUUGGACAGGGAAACGUGUCGCUGGACAUUGCACGUAUUCUUUUGACUUCCCCCUCAGUACUUCGUCAAUAUGAUGUACCAGAGCAUGUUCUCGAAGUUCUCUCCCGUUCUACCGUCAAGCAUGUCUCCAUAGUUGGAAGGCGGGGACCUCUGGAGGCUGCAUUCACCACUAAAGAGCUUCGGGAGAUGAUCAAUCUUCCAGAGGCAUCGAUGGUUCCUAUCGAACCCACUUUACUUACACCCCCAUCAGGUGUCGCAUUAACACGCCAGCAGCGGCGCACGCUCGAGCUACUCCAGAAGGGAUCCAAGAAUCGACCAGGAUCGACGCCCAAAUCCUGGUCACUCCAUUUUUACCGCUCUCCCGCUAGUCUUACUCUUCCAUCAAGUGCUUCAGCGUUAGAUAUGGCGAAUCUUACCCUUGCUCACACCCGUCUUGAUCCUGCCACUCAUCGUGCAGUGCCUACUGGCGAGACAUCAACUCUUCCUACUUCUCUUGUCGUAACCUCCCUCGGAUUUCAUGCAGAUCCAGAAACGACUUUCUUUGAUCCUGCUCUGCGCCACCUUCGUUCAUCCGCAGGGCGUAUUACUUCUCCCGAUGGUUCAGCCUUGAAAAAUAUGUAUGCUUCCGGAUGGGCGGCCAAUGGUGCUAAGGGUGUGCUUGCGUCAACUAUGAUCGAUGCAUAUGCGGUCGCAGGCACUAUUCUCUCUGACAUAGCACCUUCAUCAGAAGCGGUAACGACUGCUGCACCACCCUCGCCAGAAAUGGAAAUCGCACCAGAUGAACUGCUCAAUCGUCGUCCAGAUCUUGAUGCAUUACCAGCAGAGAUUGCCCAUGGAAUUAAAGACGGCAUGGUCACCCAAUACGAUGACUGGAAAGUCAUUGAUGCUGAGGAAGUUCGCAGAGGCGGAGCUCUGGGAAAGGAGCGGGAGAGAAUGGGUUGGGACGAGGCCUUGUCGUUUAUCGCGCGCGCGGCCGUGAUAAACUAA